AUGUCGCACAGGUCUGAUGGUGGCCGAAUACCUAGGUUGAGGGACCUUGGGCACCAAGCUCGAAACGCCUCAACGCCGGCGAUCGCCACUCAGUCCAGCGCUUAUGGUUCGGUGAAUCCAUCAUCGUCAGGGCCACAGAUUUCACGACCGUCAAUACGGCCAACAAAACCCCGACGGGCGGCCUCUAUGUCGGAAGCACAGGAGAACCGCCCAACCGUUGCACUGUCGAACCCCGUCCUUGAUCCUCGUCCGUACAUGCCGCCUCGCGCACCCACUCAUCCGCCGGAUUCUCAGUCCACGUUAGACCGGCACGUGCGCCGAGCCCUGCAUACUCCUGUCGUGUCCCAGACUCCUAUCGACAAUCGCCCGCCAGUCCAAGCUCGGCCACGGAAUGUUUUACGGAGGAAAGCGCCUACAAUAGGUCAGCACAACGCCAAUAGCAAGCUCCAGACGGAGUCUAUGAGGCCCAGUGGGUUAAAUGUGAUUAUCCCGAGUAAUGCUGCUCUAGAUCGCUACCAACCUAGUUCGUCUGAAUCAUCCAGUCGGACAGAAUUAGCCAGGAAAACUCCGUCACCAAUGGUUUCCCCGGAUCAGGCUACAGCUUCCUCCGCGGAGCAGCAGGUACACAACGGCCCUAAAGAGCUAGCAAGCCUUCGAACCACGAUCAAUACGCAGAAUCUUCCUCCGUUCACUCCCAUAUUUCCGUCAGCCAGCACGCCGUCGACAAGAUACUCUGGAUCCCCUGGAGUAUGGAGCAGGACAUCCGCGUCCACUCCCGCUUCGCUGUCGUCAUGUUCGCCUGGGAUUACUCAACCUAUGAAGAUUGGAACUCGACUAAGACAACCGAGUCCUUCACAAACAAGACUACCAGUCUUCUCACCAAAUACGCAGAAACCUGGACUUCCUAGCAGUCCAGCAGCUGGAAAGUCACCUCAUCUGGCCCAAGGAUAUGGAUCCGCUACGUCAUUACUCAGCGGUAGCCGCGAGGACUCCAUGGACAGGCCUGAUACUGCGAAGUCUCCGCCUUCAGUACCUAGUCAAUUGCCCAGAAGGACAUCCAUGCAGUCUAGUAUUCCGAGGCAGACCAGGAGAGCCUCUGAAGCCUCUAUGACGGAGAAGACCGCGGCCGAAAUACACCCUGGCUCAGCUGGUACCGUUGGAGCCCGGACCGUGCCUAGACCGUCAGUCAAGAUUCCUGUUAGGCCAAGUAGGGAAGGGACCGAUCAAUUGGAAGUAGAGCCUUCUCCCGUCGUCCAAACUAACAUACCGCCCCGCGCGAUAAAAGGUCAUAAGCGGCGCAUAUCCGCAGAAAGCUCCGCAGGACUGGCUGCCAAUCCAUCGGCAGCUACGUCUGUUGACUCCCUCAACUCUUUUGCCUCUGCCCGAGUCCGCAGUCCAGCCUCGCCAGAAUUAGCACGCAAUCCACCGAAAACAUUGAUCAAAACGCCGAAGUUAUCGUCUGCGGACUUCAGCCCUGAAAGAACUCGAAGGUUCGGACUUUUCCCCAAGAAAUCGAAACCCGAACUGGGUGCCCGUCAAAUCGAGAGUCGACCUGCGCGUAAGGGUCCCGCCGCUGGAACGGGGCAUGAAGGUUACGGAAAAUAUGCUCAGCGCGGGCGCAAGCCCAGUAUUAGCAGUCCUAGUGACUCAAGAGCAAGGUCAACGAGCACGACCAAGUCGGUUUCGAGCAAGGCUAGUAACAGAAGCCGGGCGGACACGGAACUUGACGAUUUCCUUUUGGCGCGCCUGGAGCCGGUGUAUCUUAACGGCGGUGGUAUGGACGGCGCAACUCUGUCGCGGACUCAAAGUGAGCAAAGCACAAGCACUUUCAGCACCAAGUCUGCGCCUGGCCCUGUCCACGGACAGACUGCACCCGCUGGAUUCAGGUACGAAUCGUCAACGGCUUCCAAAAGCACAAGUGUGUUCAAUGACUCUCACCGUAGAGAUCUUUCUAGCCCGGCUACCAUCUCCGCAUCCAACAGCCGCACCAUGGUCCCAACCCUAACUAAGCCUGAGAAACUGAAGGCCCGCCCAGAUGCCCGGCCUACUCGCACUCCAUCACAACGGAAGGACUCUGAUGCUUCUACAAACAAUGCCGCAGAAAUGAAGAAGCCCUCCAAACGUGGACUCAAUAUGAAGUGGCGAUUUUUCCAAAGAGAUUCCGAGUCUGCGGUUCCUGGUCAGAAGAACAAGACCGCUGCAUCCCAACUGCCUGCCCAAGUCGCUACAAUUGGAAGUCGCCGACCUCCCGCUCACUAUGCUUUAGUCGAUACUGAUUCUGACCCUUUGGAGGAGAUAUUUCACAAGCUCGAAGACUCGCCACCCACGGAGGAAACGGAAGACGAAGACACGCCCCCUGUCGAAGUGCCUGAAGGUCUGAAGAUUAGGAAACCCUCCAUUCUACUUCCGUCCCCGCCGAAACUACAUACCGAAUUCCUCAUGAAACGACCAGCUCAUGUGAUUGCCCGUCCAAAGGAACCCACUCAACAAGAACCUAUUGCACCCAAGCAGGAAAUCACUCCAGAAAUGCGCCCAAGUCGAUUAGCAUCAGUGGGACGGAUUCCGCGCGUUGUUUCCAGGCGAGACCGACAGCACAAACCAGCCUUUCAGUCCUUUUCCAGACCAUUUAGUGUGGCUGAGUCCCCGUCGCUAACUAUUUCAGCCUCUGGCCAAUUGCACAGUUUCUCCAGCCCCGACAGGAACAUACAUGGCCCAGCUCCCGAGUCGCUUCGGAAAGCUGGGAAUAUGGGAUUUGAUCUGACCUCGCCUUUCCGUGACCCUAUGAAAGGGAGUGUGUUGGACUUUCUUGCAGGCCCUUACUCGAGGAAUGAGUUCUUAGCAUUCUCACCUCCUCGAAAGGACUCGAUAUUCUCAACAUCAAGCGAAUCGGAGAGCCUUGCCGCCAUCACUGCCGUGGUUCCUAGACCCGGGAGCGAUCUUAUGGAAGACGAGAUUUGGGGUGAGUACGACGAAUUCAUUGACCACGUUCUCUCACCAGAGACUCCCAACGUUCCAUUCCCUCGAGCACUAGAAACUCAAGAGAAGUUUGAGUUGGCGGCAAGGGCAAGCCGUGCUCUUCAAGCUGGGCUCAACAGCAAGCUCUCUGUUACGACAUCGCCUCAACAGCCAACGGUUUCCCUGACUCCAGCCUCACCUGAAGGCAGCGUCAACUCUAUACAUCUCCGCCGUUCUAAGAUUGCCAAUGCACUUCACUCAUCCCUUAGCCCAACUUCCCAGCCGUCAGUGAGCGAUAUGAUGGCUCGUUAUCGUGAUCAUGGCACACAGAACAAUGAUUACAACAUGGCUAUGCCCGCACCUGCGAUCACUGUUGAGCAGCCACAGUCACUUCUUAGCUCACCGAGUUUGGACCCAUCGCCGAGCUUUGAGAACUGUCGCCAGCGAAACACUAUCCUUUUUGAUAUCGCCGAGCGCGACCGCGAAGGUCCAACGGCCCAGACAAAUAUUCGAUCGGGAUCUCUAAUGACCAGCCGCUGGUUAUCUUUCGGGCGAGUUCUUUUCAGCCCAGCGCACAAUCAUGUUAGAGAAGGAGAGCAUGCUAGGAUCCUAGUAGUGGAUGGACUCGCAAACGAUGACUGGUCGUUCUACUGUGCGUUGACAUACCCAAACUCUGACGUCUAUUGCCUCCACGAAGGACCUAGCCCGACAGUUUCAACGCAUCCCGCAGCCUGGCAACCGCCGUCAAACCAUCAUACAAUCCACCACGCCAGUCUGGAGGAUCCCGUACCAUUUCCUAAGGGCUUUUUCGCCGCGACUGUCCUACGAUUUCCGGCCGCUUGCUCCGAGCGCGCCCAGAACAAUAUCAUCUCGGAAUGCAGAAGGGUUCUGCGUCCAGGUGGUUACCUCGAAAUGAGCAUUCUGGACCAUGAUAUGGUGAACAUGGGCGUCCGCACUCGCCGAGCCGUCAGAAAGCUCAAGGAAACAAUGUACCUUUCGGACGCCAGUAUUAGCCUUAAGCCGGCCAGCGACAAUAUCCAGAAACUAAUCGGUCGCCACGGCUUCGAUGGCCUGCGGCGCUGCAUGGUUCGCAUCCCCGUCGCGGGCAUGAUCGUCCGGUCCUCCGCCUCUUCGUCCUCCACAGCCUCUUCCAACCCAUCCACCCUAACAACCGCCGUCAUUACAUCCUCCACAGCGCUCUCUGCUACAUCCGGCUCUUCUCCGGGCCAACGCUCCAACACAAACACGCACGAGAAAUCGUCCUCAAACGAUACCGUUCUCUCUCUUGGGGAUCUCCUUUCCGACCCUUCGCCCUCCCCGUCUAAUGACGAGUCCAUCCGGAAGAUUGUUGCUCGCGUUGGACGCUGGUGGUACACACGCUGCUAUGAGAGCCCUGUGCUUCCGAACGGUGAUGUCGACCGCAGUCUCUGGGCCGACAAGAAGGUCCUUCGCGAGUGUCAGCAACGAGGAACGGGGUUCAAGUUGCUGAUCGCGUAUACUCAGAAGCCGAGCGAGAAGCGCCGCACAGCAAGUGUGUGA